AGCGCCCAUGUACUCCGUGCUUUCACAUUAACAAGGACAGCACUGUCGACCAAUCAGAUUCUAGUGUUCCACGAGUGGGCGUGGCACUUCCUCAUGAAUAUCCAACAAGCGCACUCGCUCGGCAGUGGCACAGAGAACAAGGGGUUCGUGUAGUGUUGUUUUUGCAUCCUAAAGCGUUGGUAUAGACAAACGGGCCUGAAGGCAGCACUAGUGGUGAAACCCACGACCGUUCGCGCCUGUGGCUGAAGCUUUCAUUGAUUCCCGGUGGAGGACGCUCUCGGUACCGUUAGGAACAUCUCCCCUGUUUGCUCGAAGCUUAGUGGCGAACAAUGUCUGGCAAAGCUGCGGUGACAGUGGCGCUUAAGCCAAGCGGCGACGUCGUCAAAGCGACUCCGCAGAAGUCCUACCCUUAUGUGUUAAAGAAGAUCAUGGACAUCCCUCCUCCCAUCAUCCUGGAGGAAGGCGACGACGAAAUAGAGAAGGAGAAGCUGUGCUCCUCUGAGGAUGUGGAGGGAGGCGGGGCUGGAGCAGCCAGUGGUGGUGGUGGAGGGGUGUCAGCCUCCUUGACCCCAGCCAUUUGGGAAAAGACCAUUCCCUAUGAUGGGGAGACCUUCCACUUGGAGUACAUGGACCUGGAUGAGUUCCUCCUGGAGAACGGGAUCCCUGCGAGCCUAGAGGAGGAGGAGCUGCAGAAGACUCUGGCCUCGGUGGGACUCAAAGGCAAAUACAUCCCUAAGGUUACUUCUACUACUACUACUACUUCUGCUGCAGCCCCUGCUCCCACCUCGGCAUCAGCCCCCUCCGUCCCCGCUGCCUCUACGGUCACCUCAGACCCAGAGGAAGCGCUGACAGUCACUACGUUACAGACAGCCAAGUUAGAAGAAGAAGAGGAAGAAGAGGAGGAGGAAGAGGAGGAGGAGGAAGAAGGACAAGAAGAGGAAUCUUUUUCUGAAGAGGCAAGAGCAGAAGUGGAAGUGAAAGAGGAGAAAACCGAUUGUAUCCCUGUAGAACGUCGCACUCCCUCCCCCAUCGACCCAGAAGCCAUUGAGGUGGACGUUAACUUCCAGCCGGACCCCACAGACCUGGUCCUGUCCAGCGUGCCGGGGGGAGAGCUGUUCAACCCGCGCAAACACAAGUUCUCUGACGAGGAGCUGAAACCGCAGCCUAUGAUCAAGAAGGCCAAGAAAGUGUUUGUUCCUGAUGAGCAGAAGGAUGACAAGUACUGGUCCAGGAGAAAGAAGAACAACGUGGCAGCCAAGCGUUCUCGUGACGCCCGGCGGCUGAAGGAGAACCAGAUCACGGUGCGCGCCUCCUUCCUGGAGCGGGAAAACGCAGCGCUGCGGCUGCAAGUGGCCGAGCUGCGGAAGGACUGCGGUCGCUGCAAAAACAUCCUGACCCGAUAUGAGGCUAAGUAUGGUCCGCUGUAAGAAGAAGAAGAAAAAACAAACACUCUGAAUAAAACCCACGAAUUAUCAAUGAGACAAAAAGCAGAACUCUCUUCCCCGCAGAAUUCAACAUAGACACAAACCACCAAGGAAAUCAAAAUUUUGUGCUGUUGUCUUUGCUGACCUCCAGUCACUGUGUCGAGCUCCAGCUGUUGUUUGAACGUAUGCUGGAGUUCUGGAUACACACUGGCAGGCAGUGAGGCAUGAUGGGAGUGGUGAUCACAGGAAGUCCUGUGGAGAGCGCCUGGCUCCUACACUCGAGAGGAAGGGGAUGAUUGUGGACACUCCCAUGGUCAAACACACAUGGAAAAUCUGGUCUUUCUCAAGACAGUUUUCAAGAAAGUCAGGAAAUAAGAAAAGAGCAGUCUGGUACAAAAGAAUCCCAGGCCUUUAAAUACUACACCAAUCAGUUUUUAUCACUGCACAGCACUUCUUCUUAGUGGACCAAAGCAUGAGCAACGUCAGUUAGAAGUCCCGUGUUUAGAACGGUGCACACUUGUCGUCCGUCCCUCACAUUUUCUUGUGUUGCACCUUUGUUUUGUGUCUGUACUUCCUUUCAAAAUACUCCGGCUGAGUCUCAGACAAUAGGAGGAUAGAAGAGGCACCGAUAAGUACACGGAUGAAAGAGCAGGGGACAGAGUCGCAGUAGCACUUCCAGCCUGAAGAGAGCUCAGGUCUGCAGAGGAGAAAAGGACGAGAGUCCGUUAGUUCUUCCUUCUUAUACUAUUGACUUUAUUCAGGACACAAAUGCAAGGUCCAUAGUACGUUACAUUUUUUCAUUUUUUUUUUCAAUAUUUACAAAAUGUCUAACAACCCACAUGCAAAACUGUAUAUUUAGCCAUCUCCCUGCACCACAUGGAUCCGUGCGUGUAUCAGCGUGUUAUCCAUUUUUGCACUUUCUCUUAAAAAAACACAGUAAAGAUUACAGAUUACAGUGGUGGUUAUCUACAUAGAUUUCUUUUUUUUUUUUCAUCCCCGUUGGAAAAUCACAUGCCACAUGAGCCACGCACAAACAAAAAAUACACUGAACAAAGAAUAGUGCAGGGAAUUCAUCUGAAAAAAACACAAUCCUUCAACUAACUUAUUUACCACCACCACCAUUGGAGACACAGUAGCUUAUUAGGGGGAAAAAAACAUGCAUGACUUACAAUUAAAAGCUACUGUGAUCUAGUUACCUUUUCUACUAACCAGCUUCCAGAGCCUCACACAAGAUGUUGUUAAAGAAGGCAGACUUUGGGUUUCCUUAAAAGAUGAUAUUUUAGAAAACAAAGAGAGAGUUGUAGUUUCUUUUGUAAGUUACGUCUGAAGAAGGCAUAUGUCUGGUGAUCUCCAGGGCCCUCACAGGUGGAGGGGAAUAAUUAAUGCGUAGGGAUGUUUAUUUUACUGCCCACUGCAGGUAGAGGGCGCUAGAGCCACUGCCUGUCUGGUCAUGGUGUAGUGAUGGGUGGAUUGAUUUAAAAAAAAAAUAUAUAUAUAUAUAGCCAGGCCCAAAGUUGACUGCUUCUAAACCUUGUAAAGAAAAGACUGUCUCAUGGUCUUUACUUCCUAAGACAGGGGUUCUGACUCUGUCUUUAUUAACCCAAUACUAUUCCUUUUAAUUGCCAAUAGAGUGCUGUACUUAUACUGAUGGUAAUAAUGCAUCUGUUGAUUGUGAUGUACAACAAUACGUCAGAUAAUUCUAUUUCCGUUGAGGAACAAUACUUCUAAUGAAACCAAUGCAGGGAAAAUAAAUGGAUAGACUGUGCUUUUGGAUUUUUGUUUUAAAAACAGAUUUAUAUAGAUUUUAUUUCUCAAUAUAGACAUACAGCAUGUGUCUGAACACUCAAAGGACAGGGCACACUCUUCUAUACCUCAUCCAACACUUCCUGUUUUGAAUAAAUAAACGUUUGGGAGGGCAACAAAGCGGUGUUGGUUGAAGCAAAGAGCACAAAGGGAGCAGCUUAGUUCCAUUUGGCAAAACCUUGACUCCCUAGUUGAUGAAUUGAGUUCUUUUUGCUAAACUGGUCUAAAUCUGUGACUAAAUUAGUAAAUACAUUACAGACUGUUAUGGGACUCUAUAGCUCAAGUGGCUUUGACUGAUGCAUCGGUCAGCUUGCUGUCAUAAUCAACAUAAUCUUGGAAAGAAAAUAAAUGUGGCAAUAAAUAAUGUGUUAUGUAAUGCUUGUUUUCUUUCAGUGAUGAUGUAUGUAAAAUUGUUAAUGAUGUACUAAAUAGAAAUGCCCCAAAGUCAUCUGUGCUUCCAGUUUUGAUCCUCUGUAGUCCAGGAUCCUAAUGCAUGAAACCCAGUAAACUUGUCUUUUCUUUUUCUUGAAUAUUUUACACCAAGUGUACUUAUGUCUGUGAACCAUCACUAAAAACUAGAUAUGUUUUUGGAUGGGUAGGUUGAUGGUCUCAGGACGUCUUUGCUAUGAUGUCCUGUGUUUAUGACUUUAUGACUUGCAUAACAGCUCCACCUAUCCUUGUGAAGCCAGUGCUUGAUCUUGGGGCGAACAUCAGCUGAAAACGGCAUCUUUUGAUCACUGUGUGGAUUGUUUUCUAUUUACUAAAGAUUGAUCUACAUCUAGAUACACUGGAUCAGUUGGUGAUUUUGUGUUUUCUUGGUAGAUUCUGUGUUUCAGAUUCCUGUAGUUUAAGACAUUUCUUAACAAUGUUUUACGUUGCAUUGACAUUGGUAUUGACUUUAUUAUGCUGUUUUAUAUAUCAAUGUGGUUGAUGAAGGCAAACGUUUGGUUUUCUUAACUAAAU